AUGACGACGCCCACGUUUUCCCCAGAGCGCCAGCGGCGUCGCGUCUUCGCGACGAUUGAGAGAGACAUAUUUCGCGGCGCCGGUGUGUUGACCUGCAUGGCGCCGGUGUCGUAUCGCUACGGGGACUGCGGGGGUGGAGGCACCGCCGCGGUUGCGGAUGACUCUCAUGACUCUGCGCGUAGUCGUGGCGCCGGCUUUUCGCUUGCACGGCAGCCAUUCCGUUGGUUUCUUGCGAGGGCGACAGGCCUGGAGCUUCUCCCGCGCAAUGCGCCCCUGGCGCUCUCGCGCUCCCCCGCGUCCCCGCUCGUGUGUGGCAGUCUCCUGCAGGCGUUGACGCGGGAGGGCGCGGGUGGCGCGUUUCUCCCGCUGGACUCGCUCCUCGCCCUCGGCGUGGCCUCCUCCUGCGUGCUCUCGUCGCGCCCGCCCGUCACGAUCGGCCUCGACGUCGACCUGAACCCGGAUCACGACCUGGACCACGUGCGGGCGGUGGAGGCGACGCUCCUGCAACGUCACUGGGCCCUUCGCCGCGCCGCGGCGAGUCCCGCGUCGGGGAACUUCGCAUGCCUUGAGGAGGAGGUGCCGUACGUGGUUGGGGUGGAGGUGUACUUCGGCGAGGGCCCGGAGGACGACGACGACGACGCCGAGACGUGGGUGGCGGUCCUACGCGACUUUGUGCUCCCGCGCGGAAGUCGCACGCGACAAACCGCAGAAGAGCUGCGCAGUCUUCUGGACGCGCCGUAUCGGCGUUUGUGA